GCAUAUAUGGUUACUUUGAUUGCGCUGUUUGUUGAAUAGUCCGGUGAUUAUAGUCGGAAUUAUAGUUUUAACCGUGUGUCUCAAGUUAAAAAGACUUUGGGCCCAUCAAAUUUAAGAUUAAACUUGGAAGUUGAAUAGAAUAUGAGCAUUUAUUAAUUAAAAUAUUAUUUCUGUAAAUUAUAUUUUUACUGUACCUCAUUUUCUUUAUAUAUAUAAUAAUACGGUUAUACCGAAAUAAACAUGUCGAUCAUAAGAAGCUUACUGGAAAGAGUAGUGUAUGGCACUACAGAUAAUGAGUUUAAAGUAAUAGAAGUUGAUCCAGAAAAUUAUGUGUUCAGCUGUGUACUUUUUCGUGAAGAUUGUCUCGUUCUCUAUUACGGUAAUCAAGAAGGUGUAGCUAUAUACGAUGUGGUUUUACAUGCCGAUGUUAAGUCCUUUCCUCAUACAGCUUUCAGUUUACACAGGUCCUCUGGGUGUGAGAAAAGCCAGAAUGUUUACCUGUACUUGAAGGAUAAACUUCCAAUAAUAGUACAGGCUUCUCCAGGAGUGUUGAGUGUUUCAAAGCUUCAGGAGCUGUCCAAUCUCAUCAGAAACAAUACAGGUUGGAGUGUUGCCCACAUAGCUGUUCAUUUUAGUCUACUGGAAUGUUUUGAUAAAGAAAAUUUUGUCAGUAUGGUCAAUGCAGUUUGUGAAGAAACUCUAGUUACUCCCCUUCACCUGGCUGUGAAGCUCCAGAAUGUGUCUGCUAUUGAAACACUACUACGGUUGAAUGCUAGAGUUGACCUAACAGAUAAAAGUGGUAACACUGUAUAUCAUUAUGCUGCUGCUGCUUCAAAAAAAGAAAUUAUCCAAGCUUUAAGAAGCUUUCCAUCACCAGCAGUGAUUAAUACUACAAAUGGUGAUGGUUGGACCCCUCUGCACAUCAGUUGUAUGGUGAACAACAUGGAUUGUGUGAAAGAACUCCUACUCUUAGGAGCUGAUCCAAAUGUAGCGGCAUGUCCAUCUGAAUUAUCUGAUGGCACAUCUACUACUUUAAUUUUAAAAGAAAGGCUUAUGAGAUCCAUAUCUUCAUCAUCAAAAAGUCCAAAAGAUGGUGGAUUACCCCUGCACCUAGCUAACAGUGUUGAGUGUAUUGAAACUCUGAUAGAAAAUGGCAGCCACGUGAAUGCCAGAAACCUCAAUUUUGAUACACCUUUACAUCUUCUGGUGCAGUCAAAGGAAACUCUCUCUUCCAUUAUUUGUCUACUGAGUCAUGGUGCAGAUGUGAAUUUAGAUGGUUCUGAAGGGGAAACACCACUCCAUUUAGCAGUAAAGACAGGCUACCUGCCAACUGUACAUGCUCUGCUUUCAUUUGGAGCCAAUGUGAAUGCAGUCAGUCACCGACAAGAAACUCCACGUCACCUUGCUGCCACUACUGAUAUAGAGGGUAAAGAAUUGUUGAUAUACACGCUGAAUGCUGUUGGGGCAGAACGUUGCUCUAAACACACCAGAAGCUGCAAUGAUGGAUGCUCACCUCGUGGGACUUUCGAUGGAGUUCCUCCUGAAUGUUCAAAUCUUUCAAGAAAUUUAACUCUGUAUGAUCAUAUCAUCAGUGCAGCUGUUGUAAAUGCAGCUCUCACAAGGAAACAGUUUGGUACAUCAUCUCUGGGCAGCUUUGAUGUGGUAGAUUCCCAUAUAGACCAAUAUGGAAAAAAAACAGAUAACCUGCUGUGUUUAGAUGGAGGUGGAAUUAGGGGCCUCAUUCUUAUAAGGAUUUUGAUGGAACUGGAGACAUGUGUUGGAUGCGACCUUGUUAAAUGUUUUGACUGGAUAGCUGGCACUAGCACUGGUGGAAUUUUGGCUCUUGCUUUAGCCCAAGGAAAGAAACCGAAAGAAUGUUUACAGUUGUAUUUUCGACUGAAGGACAAGGUGUUUGUAGGAUCCCGCCCAUAUGAUUCUCAGCUCUUGGACCAGUUUUUAAAAAAGGAAUUAGGAGAAGACACUGUAAUGACUGACAUAAGAAAUGUCAAAGUGACUGUGACUGCAGUAUUAGCUGACAGACUUCCUGCUCAACUUCACCUAUUCAGGAACUACAGAUCUCCUGAUGAAAUCUUAGGUGUCAAAGAGGAUGGUCUCUAUUCACAAUUUUUUAUGGCAGCAGAAGAACAAAAAGUUUGGAAGGCUGCCAGGGCAUCAGGAGCUGCACCAACUUAUUUUCGGCCUGACGGUCCUUUUCUUGAUGGAGGUUUAAUAGCAAAUAAUCCAACAUUAGAUGCCAUGACUGAAAUUCACCAGUUUAAUGAAGCCUUAAAAUGUACUGGGCAAGAAGAUCAGGUUAGAAAACUUGGAUUAGUAGUGUCACUUGGUACAGGAGUAGUGCCAGUUACUGAAGUGAAACGUGUUGAUGUAUUUCGACCAGAUGGGAUAUGGGAUACAAUGAAGUUAGCGUUCGGAAUGAGUGCGCUUGGACAGCUGAUUGUGGAUCAAGCCACACAAGCCAAUGGAAGUGUUGUACGUCGAGCACAAGCAUGGUGUAACAUGAUUGGAGUUCCUUAUUUUCGCAUCAAUCCUCCAAUCUCUCAGGAUGUAGCAUUGGAUGAAGUGGACAACAUUGUUUUAGUAAAAAUGUUGUGGGAAACAAUCAUGUACAUUAAUCAGCACAGACAAGAGAUGACAGCUUUAACACUUUUGAUGUCUAGGUAAUAACACAUUAAAGAAAUAUAUGGAAAUGUCCUGAUUUGAUUACUAAGUCAAUUAUAACUUGCAUUAGUAUUCAGCUGUUUCACUAGAUGGCCCAUUUUCAUGGAAAGAUUAAAGGCAUGAUGUGUUAAGUGUGAGAUGAGGUUAUUAUAUAAUUUAGCAGUCAAAAAUAUAUUCUUAGUAAUAUUUUUCUUUGCAUUGUUUUUUUUUCAUCUAAGUUAUUUGUAUCUUUGUAGAGACUAGAACCAUUGUUCAUAUCUUUUAUUAUUGAAUAAUUUGAAGGAUUACUUCAGUAUUUCUUUUGUAAUUAUGGCAUUGGAUAUCAAAAUAAAGGGAUAAGUAAUAAACAAAUGCAAUAAACAUGUAAUAAUAACUUGGAUACACUAUAAACCUAUGGAAGUAAAACUGGUACUUCAUGCUUAAAGAAAAAAGCAAAAUACAAAUUUAUGUAUGGGAAAAAAGGCAGUAUAUCAUAGAACAUGUGAAAAAAAUGUUUUUGUAAUUAGAUAAAUAAAUACACUACAUAUAACAAUUAGGGUAAAUACAACAUACAUAUGGAAAUAGAGAGAAGCCGUCAUUUGUGUGUGUGCGUAUGUCUGUAUGUAUGUAUAUAUAGAUACACACACGAGAGUUAUUAUAAGUCCAUGCAUAAAAAAUGUAAGGAUAUUCUGUACAUAUUUCAUACACAAUGAAACAGCGGUGUAUUACAUUCUUGUAACAGUACAGAUGAUUCACCAUGAACACA